AUGGAGCUGGAAUAUGAGCUGCCCAAUGCCACCGCGUUCUGGUUCUCCCCAGCCUCCCCCUUUGACAAUUUCUCUGUGGAGGCACCCUCCAACACGUCCCAGAACAGCACAGGGCAGCACUUCGACCUGACCAGCAAUGCCAUCCUCACCUUCAUCUACUUCGUGGUCUGCAUCAUAGGGCUGUGUGGCAACACACUGGUGAUCUACGUCAUCCUUCGCUAUGCCAAGAUGAAGACCAUCACCAACAUCUACAUCCUCAACUUGGCCAUUGCAGAUGAGCUCUUCAUGCUUGGGCUGCCCUUCCUGGCCAUGCAGGUGGCCCUGGUGCAUUGGCCCUUUGGCAAAGCUCUCUGCAGAAUUGUCAUGACGGUGGAUGGGAUCAAUCAGUUCACCAGUAUCUUCUGCCUGACGGUGAUGAGCGUUGACCGGUACCUGGCUGUGGUCCAUCCCAUCAAAUCUGCCAAGUGGAGGAGGCCCAGGACAGCCAAAAUGAUCAACGUGGCAGUUUGGGGUGUCUCCCUGCUGGUGAUCAUGCCCAUCAUGAUUUAUGCUGGGGUGCAGCACAAUCACGGCAGGAGUAGCUGCACCAUCAUCUGGCCAGGGGAGUCGGGUGCCUGGUACACAGGUUUCAUCAUCUAUGCCUUCAUCCUGGGCUUCCUGGUGCCUCUCACCAUCAUCUGCCUUUGCUACUUGUUCAUCAUCAUCAAAGUCAAGUCCUCAGGCAUCCGAGUGGGCUCCUCCAAGAGGAAAAAGUCCGAGAAGAAAGUCACCAGGAUGGUCUCCAUCGUGGUCGCUGUCUUCAUCUUUUGCUGGCUCCCCUUCUACAUCUUCAACGUGUCCUCAGUCUCCGUCCUCAUCGUGCCCACACCUGUCCUCAAGGGCAUGUUCGACUUUGUGGUGGUCCUCAGCUAUGCCAACAGCUGUGCCAAUCCCAUCCUUUAUGCCUUCCUGUCUGACAACUUCAAGAAGAGCUUUCAGAACGUCCUGUGCCUGGUGAAGGUCAGUGGCAUGGAUGAGGCAGACCGGAGUGACAGCAAGCAGGACAAAUCCAGGCUCAACGAGACCACGGAAACCCAAAGGACCCUGCUCAACGGUGACCUGCAGACCAGCAUCUGA